UCUUCUGAUAACCCACUGUGGGAAGUUUCCCUUUACCCUGCAGGCAGUUACAGUUACUAUUCAGACUCUCAAUAUGAGACUUCCCCUGGGAAUUCUUUCUGUCCUAUCAGCUCUGGCAGCAACCGGUUAUUCUCUCUCUUGUCAGACCUGUGUUUCAACCAGCAGCACUCCCUGCCAAGGCCCAAGCAUUUCCUGCCCAGCUGAUAAUGCCUGUGCGGCUAUAAACACAUUAAGUACUGCAUAUGGGGUGACUCUAAGUGAAGCCUACACCCUCUCCUGUAUCCCUCGCAUCCAGUGUGAUAAACCCGGAAUUAUCAGUAUUCCUGAUGGGAAAAUCAAAAGAGGAAUCUCCUGUUGUUAUACAGACAACUGCACCCCUCCCACACCGACCCUGCCUGCAGAUAACAAUACAGUGAAUGGACUGGUCUGCCGUACCUGCGCCUCUGCAGACUCAACCUGGUGUUAUACUAGUGAUACCAUGCAGUGUAAAGGAGAUGAAAAUAUGUGUCUCUUGCAAACUACAGAGAUAAAGGGAUCUGUAUCAACCAAAACAGCUCUACGAGGCUGUGCUACUAAAAGUAUUUGUGAUAUUGGAAGCACUUCUGAAAGUUCUCCCCAAAUUUCAAUGGAUGUGAAAUUCUCCUGCACCAGUGGCAGCUUUGGUAUCCAUCAGGGGUACUUGAUGUUAUUACUUGUCCCCAUUGCUUUCAUUAAAAUAUUAUAUUAAAAAA